UUCAUGCGUCCCUCCCCUCUUCCCGGAGUUUAAGCAAACAAAAAUUACUGGCGUUCUUCGCUUCGCUCAAGGAUUUCCAAACCCUUCGAUCCCUCUCGCCCUCUGCCGAUGCCAUCUUCUCCUCGCGCUGCAUCGAUUCAUCCGGCGAAAAGGCGGCGGGAGGUACUGUACCGAUCGAGGGCCCGGAAGAAGCAUAAGCGGCUCGAUGCCAUCCGCGACUCACCCACCGCCUCCUAUAUCGUCCAUCGCAAGCCCGCCGACGAUGAAGACACCAUCCUCCGUCGCAGUUCCCGCGUGCGUCGCGCUCCUGUUCUGCUGGACUCGUCUCCCGUCCCCUCAACGCGUAGGAAGAGGCUUAUGGAUCUCGAUACUACCAACGGUGGUGGUGAGAUGAAGAAAGGAAAGUGGAAGGGGAAAUUAGAGCCUGUUUCCCAGUUGGCUACUUCGCUGGUGGAAGAAGAGAGCUGGAAGUCAAGGUUGCGGGAUAGGGUUGGGAAGGGAAGGGAAAAGUCGUUAUCUUUGUUGAGUAAGUCUGCAGUGCCAUUGGUGGUAGAGGAUGAUGCUGCAGCGCAUAGUUCGGUCAGGAGAAGUUGGAGACGGAAAAAAGGUUCUACUCAUGACGUAUCAGCAGCUGUUAACCAAGCUGGUAACAAAGAUGAGACCUUGCCGCUGUUGUACGAAGGCUACGCUAGUAGCCCACCUACAGAGAGAACUUCUCCGGUAGAUGUUGUUGGAGUGACUGUGGAUGCUCAGCUUGGCAUUGAGCAAGCGAAGAUAUUGGAGAGUGCUGAAAGAGCUGUAGGGCUUGUUGAAGAUGCUGAAUGUGUAAACUCAAAUGUCCAUGACGGAGGACCUCAUUAUGCAGAUGUGGUGGAGGAUACUCUUCCUCGACAAUCCUGGGAAACAGAGGAGCAUGUUUCCGAAGAUCAUGAACCUAUUCAACAUGACAAGCAUCACGAGUGUUUUGAUACUGUGGAGAGAGAGGGUGUUUUGAAGGAUAACAUCCAGGAAAGUGAGCAUUUUGUGAAGGAUAAUGAUCAAAGAGUUUCUUUGUCAGAUGAGAAGAUUGCAGGCUUCAGAAUAAAAGAAGGAAGGAGGUGUGGUUUGUGCGGGUGUGGGAGUGAUGGGAAGCCUCCAAAAAAGCUGGCCCAGGAAUCUUUUGAUAGUGAAAAUGAGGCCUAUGAAGGAUCUACAGCUUCAGAGGAACCUAAUUACAAUGUCUGGGAUGGAUUUGGAGAUGAACUAGGAUGGCUUGGCAAGCUUUUGGGCCCUAUUGUUGAUCGUUUUGGCAUUGCUCGUGUUUGGGUUCACCUACAUUGUGCUGUUUGGAGUCCAGAGGUCUACUUUGCUGGGCUGGGAUGCUUGAAGAAUGUUAGAGCAGCGCUAUGCAGGGGCAGGGCAUUAAAAUGUAGUCGUUGAAGCCCGGGAGCCACCAUUGGCUGCCGUGUUGAUCGGUGCCCCAAAACCUACCACUUGCCUUGCAGCCGUGUAGAGGGUUGCAUAUUUGAUCAUCGUAAAUUUCUCAUAGCAUGCAGCGAUCAUCGCCGUUUCUUCCAGCCACAUGGAAAUAAACAUUCACUUCAAAUAAGAAAAAUGAAAGAUAAAAAAAAUAGGUUGGAUCUCCGAAAAGCCGCAAAUGAAGCCCGGAGAAAGGAUUUAGAGGCCGAAGAGAAGUGGUUAGAACAUUGCGGAGAGGACGAAGAGUUCCUAAAAAGGGAAGGCAAAAGACUUCACCGAGACAUCUUAAGAAUUGCACCAAUCUACAUUGGCGGUUCUUCUGAAAAUGAAAAUCUUUUCCAGGGUUGGGAAUCUGUGGCAGGUCUAGAAAAUGUCAUUCAAUGCAUGAAGGAAGUAGUUCUGUUACCUCUUUUAUAUCCAGAGUUCUUUGCUAAUCUGGGUAUGAACCCUCCAAGAGGAGUUCUUCUUCAUGGCUAUCCCGGUACUGGGAAGACUCAUGUUGUUCGAGCUUUAAUUGGUGCCUGCUCUCGUGGUGAUAAAAGAAUAGCAUAUUUUUCACGCAAAGGUGCUGAUUGUUUGGGAAAGUAUGUGGGUGAUGCUGAGCGUCAAUUAAGGUUACUUUUCCAGGUAGCGGAGCGGUCUCAGCCAUCUAUAAUAUUUUUUGAUGAGAUUGAUGGUUUAGCUCCACGUCGAUCGAAGCAGCAGGAUCAGACACAUAGUUCUGUUGUGUCCACACUGCUUUCGUUGCUUGAUGGCUUGAAAUCUCGUGGCUCAGUUAUCGUAAUAGGUGCUACAAAUCGUCCUGAUGCUGUUGAUCCUGCACUAAGGAGACCUGGGAGAUUUGACCGUGAGAUAUAUUUUCCUCUGCCUUCAGAGAAGGAUAGAUCUUCUAUUCUCGCUCUUCAUACUCGAAAUUGGCCAAAACCUUUGUCUGGAUCUCUACUAUCAUGGAUUGCAAAUCAAACUGUUGGUUAUGCUGGUGCUGACAUACAAGCUCUUUGUACUCAAGCUGUCAUGCAUGCUUUAAAAAGGAAUUGUGGUUUGCAACAAAUUCUCUCUUCUGCUGCUCGGGGUUCAAUUCAAGGGAAGCUUCCUUGUCUACCAUUGUUUAAGGUGGAGGAAAGGGACUGGUUGGCAGCUCUCACAUUGGCACCUCCUCCAUGUUCUCGAAGGGAAGCAGGAAUAGCUGUAAAUGAUAUAGUUGCAUCGCCUCUUCCUGUCCAUCUGAUCUCAUGUCUUUUACUGCCACUAGCACAUUUACUUGUCUAUCUUUAUAUUGAUGAACAAAUAUGGCUACCUCCUAUGAUUUUUAAGGCGUUAAAGUCCAUUAAAAAUGCCAUAGUUUUGGCUUUGGAGCAAAAGUGUGUGCCCGUGGCAUUUUGGUGGUCACACCUCGAUUAUUUGAUUCAGGAGCCUUUUAUUGCUGAAAAAUUUGAAACUAAACUUGCUCAGUAUGGUCUUGUAAUGGGUUCAUCAGGAUUCAAUAAUCCUGUUCUAUUGGAAGAGGUGGAUGAUGAAUCUGUUGAAAAUGAGAGUUUUGAUUCCUCUGGAAUGAAAACUUUUGGUUCUUAUGUGGAUGAGAAGUUAAUGCAAAAGAGUUUCCCUCGGGUUGGAAAAUCCCAAGGAUUUCGGACUCUGAUAUUCGGGCCUCCAAGGUCUGGCCAACAACAUCUCGCUAGUUGUAUUCUCCAAGGAUUCACUGGGCAUGUAGAAAUUCGGAAGGUUACUUUGGCUACCAUCUCACAAGAGGGGCAUGGCGAUAUGAUUCAUGGACUAACACAAAUUCUAUUGAAAUGCCUGGAUGUUGGUCGGUGCAUAAUCUACAUGCCUAGAAUAGAUUUAUGGGCUAUUGAGGUUGCAGACCGGAGCGCAAGUGAGAGACAAGUCAAUUCUGAGAGAAGUCAGUCCAUAACAGAAAAUCUUACCACCAGGAGGGAAGUUACUUCUGAAUUAUGGAACUCAUUGGUUGAGCAGGUAGAUUCUGCCGUUACUGCUGCAUCAUUAACUAUCCUGGCUACUUGUGAAGCGGAAAUGACUGUCCUUCCGAUCGGUUUAAUGCGUUUUUUUUCACGGAAUGUACGCGGUUACGCCGUUUCCACUCUAAAAGAUUGCACAAUACCAAGAUUUUUUCUCCACAUUGAUGGAAAGCUCAAUCUUGAGCGGGUAAUCAAUUCGGCUGCGGAAAAACUAUCAUAUGAUCUUAUCCAGCAUUAUGUUACACUAUUGCAUGAAAGAACUCAUAUGAGACAUUCUGGAAAUAUACAUGAGGGCUCUCAUGCAAACAUUAAUUUGGAAGCUAAUAAACAAUGUUCUCACCAUGCGGUUGUCACUCAAGAAGUAGAAGUUCAAAAAGCAAAUGCUAGAAAUACUGCUGUUUCAUGCAACAGGUCAUUGGAGUCGGAACAAAUUGCUUCAAAUAGUGGAGCUUCUUGCAUACAUGACCAAACUUUUCAACGACCAAACGGUAUGGAAAACCCGCUUGUUUGCGCUCCGCCUUAUGGUUUGCAAGAUUCAUUUCCAAAAAUCAGUAAAGGUUUGAAGGGAAAUGUACUUUUAGCAGUUGUAAUGUUUGGUUAUCAGAUUCUUAGGUAUCCACAAUAUGCUGAGCUUGUUUGGGUGACAUCAAAAUUGAAAGGAGGUCCUUGCGCCGAUGUAAGUGGGCCAUGGAAGCGUUGGCCUUUUAAUACUUGUGAGGUUCAUUCAGAGUGCUGGCCUGAAAAGAGGGUCUCCGGAAUGAACCCUUGUAAUAAUGUUAACGAUACGGAGCCUCCUGGUGUUGUUAGAGGCUUAAUUGCUGUGGGUUUAUUGGCAUAUCGAGGCUUUUAUACAUCGGUGAGCGAAGUAUCUGCUGAUGUUAGGAAGGUAUUAGAGCUAUUGGUUGGACAAAUACGUGAGAAGUUGGGUAACAGAAAAGACAGAUAUCCCUAUUUCAGAGUUUUGUCACAAGUGGCUUACCUAGAUGACAUGGUGAACAGCUGGGCAUACAUGCUUCAGAGUUUACAUGCAGAUAAUAACACAGCAGAUGUAAACUCCAAAACAUUGGGUGCUAAGAAGUUGCAAGCAGAUAAUGCCAAUACUGGGGGCGCCGGCAGUGCUAAUGACCAAUCGAGCAUACGACUCCUUGACAAAAGCUGCAACAUGGCUUCAGAUAUUUCUUCUCAAGGAUUUGUUGCUCAUAAUGGUGAAAUUUCAGUCAUUUGUAAAGAGCUUGGUGAUUGUAUGUCAACUAAAUCAGAUACUGAUAUCAUAUUAGAUGUUCUGAAUAACUUCAGUCAACCUUCCUUGGCUUCUGAAGAACUGACUGAUGGUCUUAAACCUUCUGGAUUAGUGUGUUCUGCAGUAGGCGACAGAUCGAACACUGCGGACCAAAUUCCUGAUUUAGCAGCAGCUAAAAAUGAUCACACCUCGAAGGCUAAUGGGUGCGAUCAUGGCUGUCAAAUGUUGCUCACCAAGUCUUUUGAAAGUGGAACUAGCAGAAGAUGCAAUAUGGGGAGCAUUCCUAAUGAGUUGGGUGAUGCUCCCUGCUCUCCUUUCCAAGAGAAUGAAAAUAUUUCCAUGGCUGCAUGCCUGUACGGCUGCUGCUCAAAUUGUGUGAACACGAUAAAUGUGAUGGCUCGUAAAAUGAUCUCCGUUUUCUUGAAAUCAAAUGGAUGUAGCUCCGUGGAUGACGUCCACGACGUUAUAACAUCUCGUUCUCUAAAUAUUUUGUCAUCGUUUAGGAAAUAUUUCAUUUCUGAAAGUAGUUCCAAUUUGGAAGAAAUUUGUAGAAGGAGACUACAUUGUCAAACCAAAGAAGAUUGCAAUGAUAGUUUUGAGAGAUUGACAUGCCAUUGUAAAGCUUUAGAGAAGAUAGAACUUUUACCAGUAGAGUGCGGCAGCCAUACGAGGAUGGAGGACGAUACCGCAUCAGCAAAUUCUGGUAACUGUUCUUCAUCUCACUCUAAAUUAACAUAUUUCUUCAGAGAUGGUGUACUUGUACCUUUGGUACCUAACAAUGAUCCUGAGCUCCAUUGUAAUUAUGAGAAGAUGUGUGUUUGCUCAGUUGUAAUGAUAUUACGGACAAUUAAACAAACAUUUGAUUGAUGACAUGCAGAUCCAAUGUUCCUUUUAGUUUAAAGAAAAUUAAUUUUAUAUUAUGUGGUAAUUUUCACUUUCUGAUGCUCAAUGAU